AUGACGCGACCGUCUUUAGAAGGUCCGUUAACAAAAUGGACAAAUGUAAUGAAAGGAUGGCAGCACAGAUGGUUUGUUUUGGACGAAAAUUCGGGAUUGCUUUCUUAUUAUACGUCACGAGAAAAAAUGAUGCGUGGAGUCCGAAGGGGAUGCGUUCGAUUAAAAGGUGCCAUUUUAGGUAUCGACAAUGAGGAAGAUGGUAAUUUUACAAUAACAACAGAUUCGAAAACUUUUCACUUUCAAGCGAGGAAUUUAGCAGAAAGAGAAGUUUGGGUUCGAGCUUUGGAGGAUACCAUAUUGAGGCAUGCCGUUUUCACACACGAACAUCAAGUUCAACCCAUCGUCUUUUUAAGGAAACACAUGCCUCAUCAGUUACUCAAGGUUCAUUUCGAAGAAGAAGAAGAUUGUUCGUACGAGACGAACAUGAAAAAAUUCGAUAAUCGUAUAUCACAAGCGGAUGUUUUGUUACAAAUGCUCAUUGAGCAAACUCAAUCCCUGGAUUCGCAAAUCGAUGGCAUCGAAGAUGAAUCCCUUAAAUCCCAAUUGGGAAAACUUUCGCAUAAUUACAACCUUCUCGUCGGCGGAGUGAAAUUAGCCAUUGUUCUUCUCCAAAUUCUAAAGCUACAACAUCAACAUCAACAACAACAACCGAGAAGAGGAUCGAGAGAACUUUUGCCUUCCGACGAUAACACAUCAGAAACUCAAUCCUAUACGGAACCUACUCCUGGAACCAUCGAACUCGGUAGCGAUUGCUUAAACAAUCCCAUACUAAUGCCUGCCGUAAUAGAAAGUUUGUCACACGUUGCGAGUCCGGAAGGGAUGACGCUCAUCGUUCCGCCGGAAAUUGUACCUGAAACUUCGUAUUCGAGUUCGGACGACGACGAAGAUUUUUUCGAUGCCGACGAUGAUUUGAACAGUUCGGUGACGGCUAAUCGCACGACGAGUGCGAAUUUUAUCGUCGGUAACGGCGUUAAAGAAUCGAGCUCAACACAGCUGACAAAUGUUCCAGGUACGAGUAAAAAAUCCAGUAGUUCGGGAGCUUCGUCUCCUCCCGUACGAAUCGACGGAUCUUUGGAUUACGACGCUUUGUACGAAGACGACGAAGAUCAAAGCGAUAUAUCCAUGGAAAACCACGGUUCGAUGAUAACACAUUUAUUAUCGCAAGUGAAAAUAGGAAUGGAUCUCACCAAAGUAGUUUUGCCUACAUUUAUUCUCGAAACUCGAUCUCUGUUGGAAAUGUACGCGGAUUACUUUGCUCAUCCGGACAUGUUUGUCAGUAUUGCAGAUAAAAAAACUCCCAAAGAUAGAAUGGUUCAAGUCGUCAAGUGGUACAUGUCCGCUUAUCAUGCCGGACGUAAAAGCACCGUCGCGAAAAAACCAUACAAUCCUAUAUUGGGUGAAAUUUUCCAAUGUUACUGGAAUAUUCCGGGUUUUACGGAAACGGCAGAUAGCACUCCCGUCGAUGACGGACCAAUGCCUUGGUGCACUCGCGGACAAUUGGCCUUUAUAGCUGAACAAGUUUCUCACCAUCCACCGAUUUCGGCGUUUUAUGCCGAAUGCGUGGCAAAAAAAAUUUGUUUCGAAGCAUUCGUUUACACAAAAUCAAAGUUUUUAGGUCUUUCCGUAGGAGUUCAUAACAUUGGACACGGCACUGUUCACGUUUUAGAUUUUAAAGAAGAUUACGUAUUGACUUUUCCAAGUGGUUAUGGCAGGUCCAUACUCACAACUCCCUGGAUCGAACUCGGUGGUACCGUGACGAUAUCAUGUAAAAAAUCCGGAUACAACGCAAACAUUGAAUUUCACACGAAGCCUUUUUACGGUGGGAAAAAACAUAGGAUCACUGGAGAAAUAUACGGUCCGUCGGAAAAGAAACCAUUCAUAACGAUAUCGGGAGAAUGGAACGGUGUCAUGGAAUCGAAAAAUGCUGAAACGGGGAGAGUCGAAGUUUUCGUUGACGUGUUAAAAACGCCGGUGACGAAAAAAAUCGUGCAAAGCGUUUUCGAACAAAAAGAAAACGAAUCGAGAAAUUUAUGGAAAGAUGUGACCGCUGGUUUAAGACUGAACGACAUCGACAAAGCGACAAUGGCAAAAACGAUGUUGGAACAAAAGCAAAGAGACGAAGCGAAAAAAAGAAGAGAUACUGGAACGUCUUGGGAAACCAAAUUAUUCUAUGAAAAAUCAGAGGGGGAUUGGCGUUAUAAAACACCACUUUCGAGUAGGCAAGAAGAUUCAAGUUACAUCACGUCGGUAAGAGAACAAUGA